AUGGCUGCCAUUGGCUCGCUAGUCUUUUGCAUGGACUGUGGUAACCUCCUCGAGUCGAACACUGGACGCAAAGCGUAUAUCAGUUGCGAUGUCUGUGGUGCUCAGAACAAAGACACAUCCUCAAAAGUCGUAACAUCUCACUCCAAACCUUCAGCAUUCCCUUCCGCCCUCCGGACACGCCUUCGCUCAGAUGUACAGGAGAUCUCAGAAGCCGACCGCCAAACCGAAGUCAUCAUCAAGCACACCUGUGAGAACUGUGGCAACGACGAAGUCAAGUUCUACACGAUGCAACUACGAUCUGCCGACGAAGGAAGCACUGUGUUUUAUACAUGUCUGAAGUGCAAUCAUAAGUGGAACACUAACAACUGA